AUGAAUCUUUUUUGGAAUAUAGCCCCAGUCCAUAAAGAUGAUCCUGUUUUUAUACAGAAAUUGUUAUACAGUCGAGAUUAUUAUAAUCUUUUUGUUUCACAUUUAAGAACAAAUUCCGUUAUUCAUUUUGAUAUUGAAAGUAACUACGAAAACCACUUCCUCAAAAAUAUUAGAAAUAAUGAUGAUUAUAAUCAAAACAAUGAAGAUGGAAGUGAUGGUGAAUGGGAUGGUGAGAGUGAAGAUAGUUCUGAUGACUCCGAUAACUAUGAUGAUACUCAUCAAGGAGAAAAUCACGUUGAAGAAGAGGAAGAAGAAGAACUAGAAAGAGAACAAGCUUUCAUAAAAAACUCAUGUCGUACAGGAUGUUGGGAAUGCCCAGUUUGUGGUAUUGAUGGUGGUCCAUUUAACUUGAUAAUUGAUUUCCAACCUGAAAAUACUACUACCAAUAUCACAAAUUUACAAACAACACCACCACCUAUUGUUUCAAUGAUGUUACGAUUGGUGCUGAGUAAAAUGUCUCCUUUAUCCCGAUGUCAAGAUGCUGGUGAUAUCGAUGAUAUUUAA